AUGGCGUCUUGUAGCGAUGGAACACAAGAUCGACAAGUUUCUCAUUCAGACGAACUCCUGCAUAUUCCUUUCAGGCCGGGUAAUGUUGCCUUGAUAUCUUGAAGAAGUAAAUGGCUCGUGAUCCAGAGUUUGUCCGCUUAAACCGCGUGUUUUUUUUGUUUUUGUUGCAGAAAAUUCCAAAUUUCUCAUAACCAAAGAAAGCAAGUCAGAAAGUAGAGUUCCAUCGAAGAUUUUUAAGGUUGAGCCACCUUCAGGUAACAUGCAAACUUCGUCUUUGUUGUUGUUUUUGAUUGUCGUACCCAAGAGGACAACCUCUAAAAGGCUAAAAUGGCAACUUCAUGGAGUUCUACAGCACUGAAUAAGCACACUGAGAGUGAUUUUGUCAUCGUGUUUAAGCAGAGAAGCUCGUCUAUGCACUGACAAACUGAAUAAACACUAACAUUUGUUGUAGUUUAUUACAAUUAUUGUUGAGUGCAAUGUGCAUUUUCAAAAGGUCAACAUAAUUUGAAAGUAAUUUGGGAGAGUGGAAAAGCAUUUUAAGACCCUGGUCACAGUUUUUAUUGAUAAAAAGGAAUCCUACGGUGCCAACAUACAGCCACUGUCUAUCUUGGUACUUAGAAUCUAUUGGAUAUUUUACAGAACUACAGUACAUAAUUAUAUUUUAUUGUGGGAACCCUCUCCAUAACAUUGGCUGCGAUCAACUCCAUUUAUUGCAGACACUGUAGGGACCUCGAGUUAGUGUCCUCAUUAGUGAGAGUCCGUAAGAGCAUAAGCUUAUUUCAGUCAAAUGUCUGUAAUUUGUUUUUGCCGGGGAUUUAUCUCCUGUCUGUAUAAUUAUCAGGGUGUAGAGAGUUGACUAUUAUUAUGGAGGUGUCCUUGGCGUUGUUGUCGCACAUUUCUUACUAAUCAUUGUCUUUGAUCUCCUGUGGUCCAGUUUUGAGAAGAGUGAAAGAUUUCCUACCAAAGAUAAAGGAAGCUGAAGAAGCACUUCAGAAAGAACUUGAAGCAAAAUCCCCCUCUGAACUGGACAUUGAAAAUGUUGAAGAUGCUGGUCCUUAUAUUGAAAUGGUAGGACUAAAACUUGUGCUCUGGCUUAGGACAAGGCUGAGCAUCCCAUCUACAGAGAAAUAAAAUUACUGUAAACUUCCGCUUAUUAUUGCUGGGCUUAUACGUGCAUCUACUUAAGGGGUUUCGGGGGGCUUAUAUCUCAGGGGGCAUAUAACUGGAAGUGCUGAUCAAAAUACGUGACCAAACAAAGCGACGGGCUCUGGCAACGAGAGCCUGGCAAACUCCUGUCCUUGUGCAGUGAAGCAAUUUAACUAGUGCUACGGCAGCCUCCCGGCUCAAUUUUCCUAAAUUAUAAUACCUUAUUUGAUAUACUUUAACAUAAUGUAUGCAUUCAAUAAAUUCAUUGGGGUCAUUGAGUGGUGUCUUAAAUGAGAUGCUCUGUAGAUGUUUUAUCCAUCUGGCAAAGACAGAUAAAAUUACUCAGAUUAAUAAUAUUUGAUUCAUUUUAUAUGUCGCAGUAUUGUUGAAUUCUGUUGCAUGGGUUAAUUUGUCAGUCGUUCAAAUUAAAUUCAAUGAUUGCAUGAUGUGUUAUCAACUUUCCUCAUUUAUCUCAAUUUAUAGAGUUUAGCCAUGGUGGAAACUCAAGCAGAUGGCAGUGAAGGUUCCUGUGAGGAAAGCAAUUCCAUAGAUGUGAAUUCUGAUGGAGAUUCUGAUGAAAUUCAAACACAGGAAAUGGACUAUGGACCUCUCACAGAGGAAAACUUUGUUAUUAGAAAGACAGCAAAUGGCAGUAUUAAGCCAGUCAUUGAAGAAAUAACGAAAGAGAAAACAAUCACUUUGCAGAAAAAAAAGAAAAGACUUAAAUCUAAGAAAGAUUCAAGAAAAGGGAAAAAGAGAUAG